GUGGUACUCAGGCUCGCACUAUAUAUUUCAGCCAUCCCCUUAGUGUGAAAGGCCACGGUGACAAUUCCUAAGGGAACACAAAAGGGGUUUUAGGGUUUCUGUUUGUGAGGAAAAAAUGGCUGGUGAGGAAGGACAGAGGGCCAAGGGAACCGUCAAGUGGUUCAGUGACCAGAAGGGUUUUGGGUUCAUCACUCCUGAUGAUGGCAGCGCCGAUCUGUUUGUUCACCAGUCCGGAAUCAGAUCUGAGGGUUUCAGAAGCCUUUCUGAUGGUGAGGCUGUCGAGUUCGAGGUGGAGUCCGGCAAUGAUGGCCGUACCAAGGCUGUUGACGUGACCGGUCCUGAUGGAGCUGCUGUCUCAGGUGGUUCCCGUAGCGGCGGAGGUGGCGGUCGAGAUGCUGGUGGUUACGGUGGUGGCCGAGGUGGUAGCCGCGGAUAUGGCGGCGGAGACAGUGGCUAUGGAGGUGGAUACGGUGGAGGUAACCGUGGAUACGGUGGAGGUGGUGGCUACGGAGGAGGUGGCGGUUAUGGCGGCGGCGGAAGUGGUGGUGGAGGCAGCGGCUGUUUUAAGUGUGGCGAAUCUGGCCACUUUGCUAGGGAUUGUAGCCAGAGUGGAGGCGGCGGUGGUGGAGGCGGUAGAUACUCCGGUGGUGGUGGCGGCGGCGGAGGCGGCUGCUACAAGUGUGGUGAGGAUGGUCACUUCGCUCGUGAGUGCACAAGUGGUGGUCGCUGAUCACUGCUUGAAGCCCUCCUAUGCUUUUAUCCUAAGUUGUUUUGAUUUUCAGUGCUAGUGAUAUGGUUGCUUUAUUUUCUGCUCUUUAGUAGUAGCUUUAGUGAUGGAGAGUCUCAUUUCUCUGUACAACUCUACACAUACAUGCUUUCAAAGCAUUAUCAAAACAAUAUCAAUUU